ACCCCACUCCCCGGGCUCCUACCCGUGCCAUCCUGACUCGUCCCUGGCCACCACCACCCCUCCCCGGGGACCGCCUCUCCCCCAGCCUCACUGUUUUACUUAUUCACUCACCUGUCUCAUUCUCUGCUGGGUCCCCCAAAUUGAGAACCAUGUCUGGCUCACAGAACAUGCUUCGUAGGUUCCGAGAGAGGGAGAAGGACAGAGACAGCGACGGAGGUGGGAGAGGGUGCACCCUGAACUCAGGGGUCCCUUUCCCGUGCACACCCACCCCCAUGAACACAGGUAACAAGGGACCCCCUCUUCUGAGCCCCUCGUGGAUGAAGUCCACAAGUGAGAUUACCCACAUCUGUGUGCCCAUCCGAGGUUCCAUGGGACCCCAGGAGGCAGGUGUGGUGGGCACUAACCCGGGCUACCAGGCUGUAGCAAGCCCAGCGCAUCCCAGGAUGCCCCUUCAUGGGCAUGGCAGGAAAAGGAGCUCGCCUAAGCUGGGGCUCCCGUGGACAAAGCCGGGCUUGGGCUGAGCUUCUGGUCCUUGGCUCCCAGGUCCUGGGAAGCCUAGCCUAGAGCCUGACCGAGGCAGGCCUGAGACCCAGACACCCUAGAGCUCUCCCUAACUUAGAAGCUGGAGGAGGCCCCUCCCAGUGCUCUGGGGUCAGGGAGAGCAGGGCACAGAGACCAAGAAUGGCUAGGACAGGUGGAGUGGGGACCAAGGCCUGUGGGAUGGAGUAGCCCCUUCUGCUCUCCAGGCCUCUGGGACUGGUCCCUAUCCUCCCCACAAGGAUGGGUGUGCACAGGGGUGGGGAAUGGAGGGGAGGAGCAGCCAGCCCAGAAGGCUCUGCUGGCAAUAAAAGCAGAUGCUACGUGAGGGCUGGGCUAGAGUGGCAGGCACACGGUGACCAGGGCUGUCUCCUGAGAAGCGGGUAUGUGCAUAGUCUCGUGUUCACGGAGGCGCAGGGCAAGACCGGCCCGGCUGACCCUGGGACUUUGUUCCUCAUCAGGAACCAACCUGAACGUCUUCAUGUCGGGGCGCUUGGCUGUCUUCCUGGCCCUGGCUCUGGCCACCCUCCCGGCUCCAGGGGCAGGGGCUCCGCUUGGAAGGAGGGGUUCCCAGAAUAAGCUGCUGCUCGUGUCCUUCGAUGGUUUCCGCUGGAACUAUGACCAGGACGUACAAACCCCAAACCUGGACGCCAUGGCGCUGGACGGAGUGAAGGCCCGCUACAUGACGCCAGCCUUCGUCACCAUGACCAGCCCCUGCCACUUCACCCUGGUCACGGGCAAAUACAUCGAGAACCACGGGGUCGUCCACAACAUGUACUACAACACCACCAGCAAGGUGAAGCUGCCCUACCAUGCCACCCUGGGCAUCGAGAGCUGGUGGGACAACGGCAGCAUACCCAUCUGGAUCACGGCCCAGCGACAGGGCUUAAAGACUGGCUCCUUCUUCUACCCCGGCGGGAACGUCACCUACCAAGGCACGGCGGUGACCCUGAGCCGGAAGGAAGGCAUUCUGCACAACCACAAGGACGAGCAGGAGUGGAGGGCCAACAUCGAUGUGGUGAUGAAAUGGUUCACUGACGAGGGCCUGGACCUGGUCACGCUCUACUUUGGGGAGCCAGACUCCACGGGCCACAAGUACGGCCCCGAGUCCCAGCAGAGGAAGGACAUGGUGAUGCAGGUGGACAGGACGGUGGGCUACCUUCGGGACAGCAUCAGGAGGAGCGGCCUGGAGGGCAGCCUGGACCUGAUCAUCACGUCCGACCACGGCAUGACCACCGUCCACAAGCAGGCCCAGGACCUGGUGGAGUUCCACGCGUUCCCCAACUUCACCUUCAAGGACAUCGCAUUUGAGCUCCUGGACUACGGGCCCAACGGGAUGCUGCUCCCCAAGGAAGGGAUGCUGGACAAGGUGUAUGAGGUCCUCAAGGACGCCCACCCCAAACUCCACGUCUACAAGAAGGAGUCCUUCCCCAAGUCCCUCCACUAUGCCGGGAACCCCAGGAUCACCCCACUGCUCAUGUACAGUGACCCUGGCUACGUCAUCCACGGGAGACUGAACGUGCAGUUCAACAAAGGAGAGCACGGUUUCCACAAUGAGGCCAUGGACAUGAAGACCAUCUUCCGGGCUGUGGGCCCCAGCUUCAGGAGGGGCCUGGAGGUGGAGCCCUUCGAGAGCAUCCACGUGUACGAGCUCAUGUGCCAUCUGCUGGGCAUCGUGCCCGAGGCCAACGACGGGCUCCUGAGCACCCUGCUGCCCACGCUCUGGGAAGCCAGCAACAGGCCCCAGAGCACCCCCUCGGGUAAGGGGCUGCCCAUCAGGCACAGUGCCAGCACUCUGGGACCGCCUUUCCUUUCCUUGUCCUGCACCCCGGAAACAUCUCAAGCCCCUGGCAGCGACGAGGGGAGAGCAGGUGGAUGUGAGCAGCCUUGGGGAGCCCGAGGGCCAGAGAAGCAGGCGCUUUGCCCACAGGACAGGCCCCCUGGUGAAGUCCACCUCAGGGCUCCUGGCUCCCCGUGA